AUUGGUACACUUUUCAGAACGCCAGAGCUUAUAUCUCUGUUGUGUGAAACUUUAAUUUAUUUUUCCACAAUGAGGUGAUGAUACUGAUUUUAGGAUUAACAAUGUAAUCUACCGAAUGAAACCCGUCGUUAUGAGACAUCACUGAAACUGUUCGAAUGAAGUUUCCCUCAGAUUAGCUGCCAGGUAUAAUUCUUUCCAUUCAACCGAAAAGCAUGUGAACUAUAAUACCUCAUCAUGGUGGGCACUGCAUUUGAAAGUAAUUCAUUGUACCAUCAUAUUGGAAAUGGUCGAGAAGUCUGGCAUUGGGCAGCGCACGUUAAGUUAUCAAGAAUAAUUAUACUCAUGACUGCAGUUUUAUUUAUUGUACCACUAUUCACGCAUUACUAUUUGUCUAAGGUUGAAACAGAUUCUUCAAAUUUGGAUAAUCGCCAUACCCAUUCAAAAUUGGAAGCAUUUGAAGAUUUUACAUCUAUGAAGGCAGCAGAUCUGAAGUCUCGAAUAGAAGAAAUGCUACGAAUUAAAGUAUCGGUGAGCAAUGAACUCCGAGAUCUUGAGGCAAAACGCCAGAGAUUACAGACGGAAGUAUCCAGUUUUACGCAAAGAAUUGACGAGUUAAAACUGGAACUAUUGCACCAGCAGACGGAGUUAGAUCGGCUGAAAAUAAGUAUUGUCCAGGCACAAGCUGCUCAAAAAGAAGCCGUCGAACGUAAUACACCUGAAUUAGCUCCUCCCAAAAGGAUAUUAAUUAAUUCAGUUCCGGUCGUGCCUUCCAUAUCUGAUCCUCGUCCGUGCAGGAUGUUUAAUUGCUUCGAUCACAGUCGCUGUGCACUUACGAGUGGCUUUCCAGUUUACCUUUAUGAUCCUGAUCAAUUUUCUGUGGUUAAUCUAGGGUGGGAUGUUGAUGGAUUUUUAAAAACAACAAUAAAACAAACAUUAGGCUAUAAUCCACAUAUAACUACAAACCCAGCUGAAGCGUGUAUUUACAUAGUUUUAAUUGGAGAAGCUCUUUCCAUUCAAAGACGACGGUUUCCAAAGUCUUUAAAGCCAAUCGAUAAUAAAAAACUUCAGUCUCUCCCGUAUUGGGGUGGUGAUGGCAGAAACCAUAUUUUAUUAAAUUUGGCACGCAGGGAUCUGUCAGUUGAUUUAGGAAAUAUAUUUGAUGGUACAGAUACUGGAAGAGCGAUGCUAGUUCAAUCAACAUUUUUUAGAAACCAAUUUCGGGAAGGAUUUGAUUUAAUUGUGCCUCCCAUACUGGGACCACCUGGAGGUGACGUGUGGCAAGAAUGUGCUCAAAUGCUUCCUGCUAGAAGAAAAUAUUUAUUAUCAUUUCAAGGCGAAAUGAAGCCAGCAAAGAGUCCUUCCACGCCUCAUGAAAUUGAUGAUGCAGAGGUGGAUCUAGAGAAAUUAGCAGUGGACGAAAAUAAUUUGGAUAGUUUUAUUAUUCAGCACUUGAAGGAUAUGAGUUCUGGAAAUAUUUUGGAUAAAUUUUUUAUUCAGUUUGAAUGUAUACCUGCCUCGGAAGAAAGGAAGACGGUUGAAUUGCCGGAUUGGUCGCUCUGUGGCAUUGAUUCUUCGAGAAAAGCAAUCUUGAAAGACUCAACGUUUGUUCUUAUUCUUGCUCCAAGUAAUGUCACUUUUUUAACAACCUCGUCCAUGCAAGCGAGAUUGUACGAAGCACUGAGAGCAGGAGCGAUACCAGUAAUUCUAGGUGGUGAUCAAAUUUUGCUUAGUUUUAAUGAAGUUAUCGCUUGGAGAAGAGCAGUCAUAUUUUUGCCUAAGGCCAGAGUAACUGAGAUGCAUUUCUUACUGCGUGCCGUGCCAGACAAUGAUCUACUAUCGAUGCGUAGGCAGGGACGAUUAAUUUGGGAGCGUUAUUUGAGUACUGCUCAAGGUAUCGUUGACACAAUCAUUGCUUCGGUAAGGGACAGACUUGGAAUACCUCCUUUACCAGCACCUCAAACUCCCAGUCCAAGUGUAUUCAAUGAAAGCUUUAUUCCUUUGAAAACGGACACUAUCAUUGCUGAACCGGAUGGAGAGGAGAGUUUAGGGCCACUGGAACCUCCGUACUCCUCACCCUCUUUCCGAAGAAAUUACACCACUAUGUUGGUACAUGGUCACCAGAUUUGGAACGAUUGGAUGGAUCCAUUCAAUUUAUAUCCUCAACUCCCUUUUGAUACAGUUUUACCUAGUGAUGCAAAAUUUCUUGGCUCUGAAGUUGGAUUUCGACCAAUUGGUCGAGGAGCUGGAGGUGCAGGCAAAGAAUUCAGUGAAUCUUUAGGAGGAAACUACCCACGAGAACAAUUUACGAUUGUUAUGUUAACGUAUGAAAGAGAACAGGUUCUCAUACAUUCGUUGGCUCGCCUUUAUGGUUUACCAUAUUUAAAUAAAGUUCUAGUUGUGUGGAACAGUCCUAGACCACCUAUGGAAGAUCUUAGAUGGCCUGACAUUGGUGUUCCGAUACAAAUUAUAAAAGCUCCAAGAAACAGUUUAAACAACAGAUUUCUGCCAUUCGAUGCCAUUGAGACAGAGGCUGUACUUUCUGUCGAUGAUGAUGCUCACUUGAGACACGAUGAAAUAAUGUUCGGUUUCAGAGUAUGGAGGGAACACCGAGAUCGUGUGGUAGGAUUUCCUGGCCGUUUCCACGCUUGGGAUCAGAAUUAUCAUAACGCAUGGAAUUACAAUUCGAAUUAUUCAUGUGAGCUGUCCAUGGUGUUAACGGGUGCAGCUUUUAUACAUAAACAUUACACGUAUUUAUAUUCGCAUUGGUUACCACAAGCCAUAAGGGACAAAGUUGACGAGUACAUGAAUUGCGAGGACAUUGCCAUGAAUUUCUUAAUAUCUCAUCUGACUAGAAAACCACCUGUGAAGGUGACAUCACGAUGGACGUUUCGAUGUCCCGGAUGUCCGGUAUCGUUAUCAGAAGAUGAUACUCAUUUUCAAGAGCGGCACAAGUGUAUCAACUUUUUCUCUCAGGUGUUUGGGUACAUGCCUCUUUUGAAUACCCAGUACCGAGCGGAUUCGAUUUUAUUUAAAACGAGAAUACCACACGACAAACAGAAGUGUUUCAAAUUUAUAUGAAGAUAUUAGUUGACGCUGCCGCUUAUGUGGUCGGUGAGCACAUUUACACAUUUUUGGACAUUUGGUAUCUUCAUCCAAAUGAGGUUCUUCACAUUCACACGUACUCAUUUUCAUUAACAACAUUUUAUAACUGAUCACCGAAGCCUAAAUGUUUACAUAACGACUGUAUGUAUUGACAAAUGAAAGACUGUUUUAUUUAAACACGAAAUGUGGACACAUGUGAAGUGUCGUAUAUUUACUUGUGUAAGUAUAUUAGCGUUGGAUGUGAAAAGUUACUCCGAAUUACUUUGUAAAUGACAACAUUAUUGUAUUUAUAUUCAUUCACGUUGACAGGUUUUAAAGAAAGGUGUUCAGUUUCGAUUCGUAGUAACUGCUUACAGAGUGCCAAAUUUAUACGAUUACUUUUUAUCUUCAUACUCCUUUGCUUCGAUUGAAAAGUUUCAUGGAAGAAAUUUUUCCGGUAGACAUUGCUAAUUUAUAAUCUAGGUGAAAAUUAACGAUUGUAUAUAUUUAAAUCGUAAGUCAUUUAAGUAUCUUGCGUACUGUUUGCCAGAUUUCCACUUAAAAUUUUCGAUUAAAUUAAGUAGAACGUAUCUGUACUCUUUAAUGUCAGACUCGAAAGUCUAACCGAUAUUUGAAGUGGAGAUCGUGCGAGUAACGUGUACAGAAUUUUUAGAUUUGUUCAGGAUCGCGGGCAAAAGUGAAUUUCUUUGAUGUAAAAUUCCUUUGCGAUCUGCCAACGACCAGGCGUCGCUACGAGAAAUGUCAGGUAUUUUAUGAGUCAACUUUUGGAGCACAGCAAUGUGUAAUUGUUUGCUUCUUUCACGUUUUGAUAUGUACAUCUCACGUAGGCUGUUACAGAUAUAUUUACUUCGCGUACCUGCUUAUGUGAACUAUGUUACGAUCGUGGAGUGUCAGUGCACGGUUAGCAAUUCUAUAUGUAAACGUAACAUUUUUUGAUCGAGUGUCAUUUAAUCAGAUAAAAUUCUUCGUCAAUGACUGGUUCAAACGGAGUCGCUAACAAAUGCACUUUCGAAACAUUCCCCGUUUACUUUCCGUUAAAUAUAUUUAAUUGACACAUAUACGGAGGAACAUUUGAAUGUACGAAGUAAAUCUUCAAGACGUAUAUAUCGAAGCACGCAUUGUAUAUAUUUUAAUGUCGUACCGAAGGAAUCAAUCGCUUACCAUUUCUUCAUUGACUACGGAAUAAUAAUACCGUUAAGAAGUGGUAGAAUACUUAGAGUAAAUAGUACUUUCGGAGUACGUGUAAUAAGUAACUAGUGGACCCACUGACUAAAGCCGACGGUCUCUUCGGUCGGCUGUAAACGCUGAAAGGAAACCUACUCCAUUUUGACGUUGUAUUUACUCGUGGAUUUUCAACAGUGCUAAUUUGUAAAUAAAUUUCUACCCCGUACAGAA